UUUACCCCUUCUUCUACCUCCCUGCCAACUCCAUAACCUUAUAAACCCCGAAAACUCUCCCUUAGGACUUCAGAUUCCCCACCAGACAUAAAUCCCACACCUCUCCAUCAACAAAAAGGAAAGGGAACUUUCCAUCCAUAUCUUCAUUCCGACCAAGAAAACCCUCGAUCAAAACUCGACCGUUUUAAGUCCUCGCAAUGACUGGGAAAAGAGCUGCUGCUUCUGCCAGGACCGGCCAGAUGAGCCCUGCAGGAAGCCCGCCAUCGCUGUCACCGAACAGGCUGGACCAGGACGGGUUCCUCCCGAUAGCGAACGUGAGCAGGAUAAUGAAGAAGUCGCUGCCGGCAAACGCAAAGAUAUCGAAGGAGGCCAAGGAGACGGUGCAGGAGUGUGUCUCGGAGUUCAUCAGCUUCAUCACCGGCGAGGCCUCCGACAAGUGCCAGAGGGAGAAGAGGAAGACCAUCAACGGGGACGAUCUCCUCUGGGCCAUGACCACUCUCGGCUUCGAGAACUACGUGGGACCCCUGAAGGUCUACCUCAACAGGUACAGGGAGACCGAGGGAGAGAAGAUCAAUUCGAUGGCGAGGCAGCAGGAAGAUAACAACAACAUGAACUCCAUCAACAAUGGGGGGUUCGGCGGGUUUAAGGAAAUUUCCAAGAUCAAUGGCCCUCUUGCCGGGGGCAUGAACAAGGCAGACUUUCAGAGCUUCUACGGCCAGAGUUUGAUCGCCGGUGGCAGUGGGUUGAGCUUGAACAGGAUCCAUGAUAACGGGGAUGGGAACGGUGGCUCCAGACCUAUGGCGGCUCAGGUUCACAACGGGAUUGGAUGGUAGAAGAAGUUGAACAAUCACACACAUAUAUUUCUACGUAUGUUAGUAUGUAAUACUAGUAGAGUAAUUUCUAUCAAUUAUAUCAACUAUAAUAUAUGUAAGAUCAUUUACCGGAAAUGAUUAAUUUUAACGUAUCAUUAUAUAUGUAAUCGCACUGGCAAGAGUUGGUUUGAUUAACAAAUUUCGGUCU